AUGAGUCAAUUCCAACUCUUUCCUCCUGCCUCUCCGGCCAAAGUCGCCAAGAAUCCGUUUCGAAGGGGAAAUAAGAAGCCUACUACGACCCCCGUGUCUGGGGCUUCGAUCCCUCUAGAUGAAUUCAAUGGGAAGGACAGCGGAGCUGAAGCCGUGUUCGUUGCAAUUACUGAAGGCAAGAAUAACGCUACGCCGCCUCCUGAAGCCCGUGUUUCUCGCCCAGCGACCGCGUCUACUCCUGAAUCUGUACAUGCGCCCCGGUCAUCGGGGUCGCAACCCAGACCGAGUCAGCAAGACAAACCACGACAUGAUGUCCCGAUAUUUGAAGACUUCAGAUCAGUGACACAUAGCGAAGAUGAUGUGUCUUCCUACUCUCGGAAAUCUUUGCCGAAACCAGGCUCCCCGGGAAACCCUAUACGGUCGAUGUUUCCACGCUAUAACCCAGAUCUGCCGCUCAAUCAGCAACAGUACUAUCCGCAGACCGUGGAUAGGCCCACUCGGUCAGCUUCAAGACCCAAAAACCUUACGCUCUCGCCAGCAUCGGAGAUCGAUCGGAGUCUUGGGCCGAAAACGGUUCCUGCGAGUGUGCUGAACUUUCCGAUGAGUAUGCUCGAGCCGGCGGAGGCACAGUACCCUUCUUCGGAAGAACUGAACAGCCUCUGGGAUGCUGCCAAUGGUCAGAGACCGCAGAACAUUAAACCGUUCAAUCUACACAUGACACGGGCCAAUUCAGCGACGUUUCUAUUCGGCGAUCCAGAAAGCCCAUUCUACACAAUGCAGACAUUCUCGACCAACGAGAUGUCCGUCACUAGAUCGAACCCAUCGCGCCCGAACAGCAAUAUCCCCGUAAUGACGCUGAAGAUCGAAGACCGCCAGCGACGCAAGCCUCCCAACGACGGGCUCGUAUCGCUACUCUUUUCCCGGCUGGCCGCAAUGCUAGCCAUCGACCAGGCCGAGGAGUCCGCAAAGGCGCGCCGACUGAACCCCGCGGAGGCCGCAGAACUAGAAGCCCACGCACUCCGACGUGCAGCAGCCCAAGAAUCCUGCAGACUGUCGUGGAACUCCGAAAAGCAAGUCUACGAACUCUACCACCCGUCGCUCAGCAAGCCCCCGCCCCCGGCUUUGGUCGGCGCAGCUGGAAUUCCCCUCUCGCCCAUGCGAUCGAGGUACGCUGGCAUUCUUCACAUCACCGUUUCGACGCCGUCGAAUGACUCGAAACACCACCAGCAACCGCCCGUCAUUCUCGUGACCACCCCACUCCCGGCCAAUUCGGCGGAGACGGGGAACAUGGUGGCGACGCCACGCACGUCGACACUGCCUCUGACAGAUGCCGAUGAACCUCUGGCAUCGCUUGACCUCGGCACCAUGUCUCUUUCUAUCUCGGCCGCCGCGAUCAUCGCUACGGUCCCCUCCCUGUACGCGAUCGAUUCGCUGGUGACCGCCAUGUUGGCCGUAGCCAUCUCGGACGAAACGACCAACCCCGUCUUGGCUGAUAUGGAACUGUUCGACCCCCACAAGCCACAAAGCAUCCAGUCUCCAGCCUCAGAACCAGGCACAAUGUACAAAGGAAAGUUAGUCGCAACACUCGCAGAACGGGAGGACGCCCUCGAAGGCAGCGAUCUCAUAUCCCAGGUGAAAGCCCAACAAUCAGAGAACGCAAGCGGACAAAAGAAGUGGUUCCGAUCCUGGAGCCGGCUAUCCAAGCCCACAAAGCCGCAGCGGAAGAAGAAUCAAAAGGUCGUGGUUGAGGAAUUUGACCUGGAAAAAUACGGCCAAUUCGGACAGGGGUCUUCGCGGCAAGGAGAGAAGCUACCGGGCGUCACGCGGGGCAUUCUCCGGAUUCUGUUUUUCGGCUUGGAUAUGAUUGUUCGGGGACUUACUAUGGUUGUCAAGAUUGUCGCGUGGUUGUUGGUUUCUCUCACGAGGUGUUUUACGAGUGAGAAAUUCUGA